AUGGAACUAGUUGAUUACGAAAAAUUGGGUAGGGAUCAACUACGAAAACUUGUAAGAAACAGAACUGGAAUGAGCGAUGUUGAUGUUAGAAAGAAGGGCGUGUCUGAAAUGCGUAAAAUACUUGAGAACUAUGAUAAAGAUGAAGCUAACAAGCAAUCUAGAUACCAAAUGAGGAAUCUAUUUCCUUUCGAUAAAACUGUUUUUAGUGAUUACAAAGAAGUUGGUGAUACAUUGAGAGAUACUUUUCACAGUGGAAAUUCUAAAACAUUAGAAUCAUUUUUAAAUAAGAAAGAGUCUGAUAUUUUGAAAGAUGUUUUUGAAAAUAGUGUGAAAAUAUAUGUAUCCUUAGAAUGUGAAAUGAUACAAGAGGGUACAGAAAAUAAGGCUAUAGUCCAUCUAAAUACCGCUAACGAAAUAGUGAAUCCGGUGGAUGAUAGAAAAGUCUUUUAUGAAAAAUUAAAAUUAGAUUUAGUAAAUAGAUUAGAACAUUUUCAAGGUAAAGGUUCUGGUUUUAGAUUGAAUAGAAUUAUUGGCUUGAGAAUGUCUCAAACUAAGAUUAAGCCAUUAUCAGGAUCUAAAUAUAUUGAAUUACCAGAUUGGAUAAAAAAUAAAAAAGCAGUAGUCAAUGUCCAAAACAAAGAUGAUAAAUGUUUUAUGUGGUGUAUUCUAGCACACUUGUUUCCAGUUGAAAAGGAUGCUCAAAGAGUAAACAAAUAUAAAGAUCAUGCUUCUAAGAUUAACUUUGAUGGAUUUGAAUUUCCUUUCCAAGUUAAAGAUGUAGAUAAGUUUGAGAAGAGAAACAAUUUAGCUGUUAAUAUUCUAACCCAUAACGUUGAAGAUCGUGGAAAAAGAAUAGAGUCAUAUAAAGUAUCUAAAAACAUUAAAGUAGAUUUAAAUAGAGUGGUAAAUCUUUUGCUAGUAACUGAUAACUCUGGAGAAGGACAUUACUGUUUGAUCAAAAAAAUAGAUCGAUUAAUGAAUACGCAGAAUAGCAGAAGUAACAAAUUUUGCAUCAGAUGUCAUAAUAACUUUUACAGUGAAGAAAAAUAUGAAAACCAUUUGAAUGACUGUAUGAGUAAUGCUCCACUCCAAAUGAUUAAAUCCCCUAAAGACUAUAUUAAAUUUGAAGGAGUUCAGAAAACUCAAAAACAUAGAUAUGUCUGCUAUGCCGACUUUGAAUCUGUUAUCUAUAAAAUUAAUAGUGUUAGUAACUCUCCUCAAAAGUCAUGGAGUGAGAACGUCGGUAAACAUAAGGCCUCUGCUUUCUGUGUAAUUGUUGUUGAUUCUUUCACUCAGAGCAUUUACGAAAUGAAGAGCUAUGUUGGAUAUGAUGCUAUUUUAAAAUUCAAUGAGUAUAUCUUAGAUGUAUGUACAAGACUAUUGGAAAAAGGUGAUGAGAAAAUGAAAGAAUUAACUGAAGAAGAGUUAGAAUGUUAUAAUAACUGUAAUUCAUGUCCUCAGUGUGAGAAUGUGUUUGAUAGGGAUAAAGUUAGAGAUCAUGAUCAUUGGACUGGAUUAUACAGAGGACCUCUAUGUAAUGCAUGUAACUUAUUGAAACGUAGAAAUAAUUUUAUACCAGUAUUUUUCCAUAAUCUUAAAGGCUAUGACUCACAUCAUAUAAUCAGUGAUGAGGAAUCAAGUAUGUUGUGGAAGGAAAGAGGAGUAGAAAUUAAAAGCAUUUCAGCUAACAUAGAAAAGUUUAUUAGUUUUAGUUAUAUAUACAAGAAUCAUAAACAAUGUGAAAUAAGAUUUUUAGAUAGUUUUGGUUUUAUGCCUUCCAGCCUAGAUUAUCUCAGCAAUAACCUACAAGAUGAUGAAUGUGUGAUUACUAAAAAGUAUUAUAAUGAUGAGAAUACUUUUAGUCUAUUAAGACGCAAAGGUGUGUAUCCAUAUGAUUUUAUGGAUUCCUUCAAAAAGUAUUCUAACGAAGAACUUCCUCCAAUUGAAAACUUCUACAAUGCUCUAUCUGGUGAAAAUAUUAGUGAAGAGAGUUAUAAAUAUGCUCAGAAAGUAUGGAAGGAAACAAAUUGUAAAACUUUAGAAGACUACACAAGAAUUUAUAUGAUUAAUGAUGUGUUACUAUUAGCUGAUGUUUUUGAAACUUUCAGAAAUGUGUCUCUCAAAGAAUAUAAGUUAGAUCCAUGUUGGUACUAUACAUCUCCCGGAUUAGCUUGGGAUGCCAUGUUAUUCAAAACUGGAGUUAAGCUACAGACAAUCAAGGAUGUUGAAAUGUAUAAUUUUAUUGAAAAAGGUAUUCGAGGAGGUAUGUGUAAUACCAUGCUAAGAUAUUCGAAAGCUAAUAACAAGUACAUGUCUAAUUAUAAUCCCGAAGAGGAAUCAAAAUACUUAUUAUAUCUAGAUGCAAAUAACUUAUAUGGAUGGGCAAUGAGUCAGAAAUUACCAUAUGAUGAAUUCGAAUUCGUUGAAGACUUUACCUUAGAAAUGAUAGAUGAUCUUGUUUCAAAAGAAAAAGGUUGCAUACUAGAAGUAGAUUUAGAUUAUCCAGAAGAAUUACAUGAUAAACAUAAUGAUUUACCUUUCUGUCCAGAGAAUAAACGAGUUGGAUCUACCAAUAAACUAAUAAAUGAUUUUAGUCCAAAGAGAAAUUAUGUAAUACAUUUCAAAAUGCUUCAGCAAGUUUUAGAUCAUGGAUUAAUUUUGAAGAAAAUUCAUAGAGUUAUUACUUUUAAAGAAAGCAAUUGGUUAUCUUCUUACAUAGAACUAAAUACUAAUUUAAGAACACAUGCAAAGAAUGAUUUUGAGAAAGACUUUUUCAAACUAAUGAACAAUUCUGUCUUUGGUAAAACUAUGGAGAACGUUAGAAAUAGAGUGGAUGUCAAAGUGGUGUCAAAUAUGGAUAAAGUUAUGAAACUAAAUAUGAUUUUAGUAGAGAUGACUCAGAAGAAUAUUAAAUUAGAUAAGCCAAUUUAUGUGGGGAUGUCUAUUUUAGAUUUGAGCAAGUAUCUAAUGUAUGAGUUCCACUAUGAUGUUAUGCUUCUUCAGUAUACUUCAAAUUUGAGACUGUGCUAUCAAGAUACUGAUUCUUAUAUUUAUGAAAUUAAAACAGACGAUGUCUAUGAAGAUAUGUUAGCUAUGAAAGAGCACUUUGAUUUUUCGGAUUACCCGAAAGACAAUAGGCUGCACAGUGUUGAAAACAAGAAAGUAAUUGGUAAAUUCAAAGAUGAGUUGAAUGGUAAGAUAAUGACUGAGAUUGUAGCCUUUAGACCAAAACAAUAUGCUUUUAAAACUGAUGAGGGAAUGGAGUCUAAAAAAAAUAAAGGUGUGAAGAAAUCUGUUGUCAAAAAGGAAAUGACUUUUAAUGACUAUAAGAACUGCUUAUUAAAUCAUACUAUUGAAAGGAGACAACAAAUGUUAUUUAAUUCGAGUAAGCAUCAAAUUCAUACUGUAAAACAAAAUAAAGUUGCACUGAAUAAUGUGAUCGGUAAAGACAAAGAAUCUAAAAGAUAUGCAGUUGAUAAUAUAGACACUCUAGCUUUUGAACAUUACAGAAUUCCUAAAUCAAAGUAA